AUGGCCGAGUGGUUAAGGCGGCAGACUCGAAAUCUGCUGGGCUCUGCCCGCGCAGGUUCAAAUCCUGCUGGUGUCGUAACAUUUUUUUUUGCUUUCCUUGGGCUUGAUUUUUUCUUUUAA